UUCAGUCUACAAGGUCGACGUAACUGCUGUCCCGAUUUUAACGAUCACGUCACGACACUGAUUGGCUGGUUUGACCAACCAGAUGACCUGGAACUGUAAGGAGUAACUCCCUCUUCUCAACCUUCAGCGCACAAUCCACGUCAUCUUAUCAGCCUCAUGCGAUCAUUGUGCGAAAACGACCUGUUGGACUUUAACCGGCGUCGCUCAACGACUACAAGGUGAACAAGUAAACUGCCAGUUGCAAUGGCGGCGCUACCAACCAGAGGAGAUAUCUGUAUAGUAGACUGAGUCAACGUACACAGCUACGCCCUGUCGCUUUUGAAAACAGUAUCUCAGUACGAGGCCCAUUUCAUGAUUCCGUCUGAUACCGACUCAAGUGUAUUGUCAAGCCUAGAAAUGCCUGCGUUGGGUGAAAUAGAUAGGCAGGAUAGUAUGUACAUGAUAUUGAUUUCAGGUCUUCCUUCAAACGCCUAUGAAUAUCUAUCACAAAUACCGCGUGGUGGUGUGGGCCGACGUAAAUUCAGUAUCGUGAUCGUUUCAGAUGCCCUGCAUCCAAUGCUUAACCACCACAAAUAUCCUACUAGUAUACUAAGUCAGCUGUUGAAUAACAUGAACAAGGACUCAGCAUUUGUAAAUGCUUAUGAAACGGAAGGGUAUAUUCACACCACUCUGAAAGACCGUUUGUUUUGUGUGGGUCUUAAACAGCUUAAACAGGCUUGUAAAUCCAUCUGUCUUGUCAGUUUGUAUAGUCCAAUGUUACAAUGUAACUCUAAAUUAGGUGAAGUGAAACAAUGUGUCAACGUGACACAUACUUCCCUGGUGUGUAUACAUAAAUUAUGUAUGUUGCGUGACUUGUGGAAGAAAGUAUUGCAGAAGAUCCGUGGGUCUGGCAUUAGUUUUAUCCUAUGUCUGGUACACACACACGGCUAUAUAAAUAGAACUGACGGUGGUCUUACGAAUGAUGAUCAUCACAAAGAUAAAACAAUUCAGAUAUCAUGUGUUGUCAGCAAUAUUGUCCAGCUGCUGUGGUCAGAUACUCCCUUUGUGUUUAGGUGUGUGAUCAAUGUAGAUUGGAAUUCAAUAGAACACCAGGUAUUCAGGACAUGGCACUUGAGAGAACUGAGACUAGAACUAUCUGAUUUUGUAAAACUUGGAGAAGGCCAUUAUGCCACCGAUGUUCUCAAGGGGAUAUUGGAGUAUAUUCAGAACACACAAGCACUGACCAGACAAGAAUAUGGUUUGAACCUCCAUGUAUCUGGAAUUUCAAAUGAUGCUUCUGAAGUUCAACCUCUUGGGGGUUUUCAUCAACUGGUACAGAUACUUUUGCUCCUUUCUGAAAUAUCAUAUAUGACUAAGAGUCUUGUAGAUAAUAUUUUGCCAAAAAAGAUUACAAAUGAAAGCAGUGAAUUCAAUGAUGACAAAGGCAAUGAUGAAGGUGAAAUUGUGCAACAUGAUCAUUUGUCUACACCAGAUGUUAGGGAACAAAAAACAGUUGUACACACUGUGGAUCAGCUACAUGACGUGCAUACAUACGAUGAUACCAGCCAAUUCCUGUCUAAAACACAUGAAGAGGAUAUGACCUCGACGUUUGACAAAAGGGAGGCGUAUAACCUUUUCCAAAACUUAACUGACAAAAGCCUUGAAUGUAUCUUCCCCACAUUUAAAAAGAAAGCAGUUGAAGAGUUGAAAUACGUUGAUAAAGAUUUAUUGUAUGGUGAUAAAUUCACAAGAUAUCUGAAUACCUGGCAAGAAGUAAGCGUUGCACCAUUCUAUUCUCUGAGACACUACUUCAGGAAGAUAGAAACCGGGGAAAAUGAUGAAAAGAUGAUGUAUGAAGCAUUGCGACUGGGGUCAUUCUGUGGUAUAAACAUAAAUGCAUUUUGCAUCCGUCUGGCUGAAGCAGGGUUCUAUGCUACAGGAGACGCGGAUGAGACCAGAUGUUUCAGCUGCGGUGUCAGGCACAGGGGCUGGCAACAGAAGGAUAAUCCGUUCUUAAUCCACAGACAGAUCGCUCCUUCAUGUCCCCUUAUCACAGGAGAUGACAGGAGGAAUGUACCUAUCAACCCAAACGCUGAGCCAUCUCCGUUUUCAGUCCUAUCGGCUGAAGCUAACCCUGUUCCUGGAGGUGAUACCAACGAGGACCUGAGUAACCAGUCGCAGAUAUCAGAAACGUACCCCAACAUAUCAACAAUCAGCUAUGUAAGCUGUGAUGGUGGGGAUAAAGGAGCAUCAGUAGCAUCAUAUCUCCCAGAUCGUUCUGACAGAGCAGAUGCAGAUGCAGGACAGGAUCACACAACCUAUAUCCUGAGAUUCGAAGAUGCCGUGUAUCCAAACUACAGCGACAACAAGGUCCGGGUGGAAUCUUUCCAGAUGUGGCCACAAUAUCACUGCAAAAGACCAGAAGAUCUUGUCCCAGUCGGUUUCUUUUACGCAGGUUAUUCCGACUGUGUGCGCUGUUUUGUCUGCGGCGUUGGUCUGAAGACGUGGGAGGAGGGGGAUGACCCCUGGGUGGAGCACGUCCGCUGGAGGUCAUCUUGUGCCUACGUGAAGGCAAUCAAAGGAGAUUUGUUUAUAACGCAGGCACUGGCAGUUAUAGGACAGAAGUUUCGGACUGAGCAGACGAACACCAAUAUUCCAAGCAGACGUGCCGAGAUUGUGUCAGCCAGGGAUGACUUUGAUGAUAUUCUGGAAGUAGAGGCGUGUCAGCGAGCCUUGGAGAUGGGAUACAGCAGAGACUGUGUCCGCAAACAUGCUCUGUACAUACUCAGGACCCAGGGGACUGAUUCUUUGAAGUUACAUCUCCUGGUAGAACGGAUCCUACAGGAAGAUGUCACGGAGAUGCCAGAACCUGCAGCUGCCACCAUACAAGCCUCAUCAGCGAGUUUACCACGGACAAAGUCACACGGACUACCAGCACCUGGGGGAGAGACUGACAGACCAACAUCACCGCCACAAGGAGAUACAUACACGGACACUCUUUCUGGUCUGCAGCAGGGUCCGGUUGAUUCAGAUGGCGAGGACGAUAGACACGGUGAUACAGAUAAGCCAAAAACCUUCUCUUCUGGAAACAAGUACCAGAGCAUGCCGAUAUUGAGUUCAGACAGAAGAAGAAUUCGCAGCUCAAGCAAAGCAAAAGUUAAAUCCCAAAGCACGGAAGACCUGGAAGCCACAGAGGAAGAGACACAACAGUUGCGACAGUCGAGUGCGUGUAAGAUAUGUCUGGAGGAACCCGCCAACAUUGUCUUCCUUCCCUGUGGACACCUGGUGGCCUGUGCCGUGUGCGCCCCAGCUCUAGAACGGUGCCCAAUCUGCAGAAAACACAUCCGAGGAUCUGUCCGUGUCCACCUUGCUGAUAUGGCGUCCGUCACGUCGUCGUAACAUACCUCACAUUGCAGUCUAACCGCUGUACUUUGUUUGGUGUGACAGUGGUUCAGUCUAGUGAGAGUGAGUAUGUUUGUCAUGUAACUAUCAGUGAGUGAGGGAUUUUACUUUUACGAUCCCUGUAGCAAAUAAUGUUCCGGGUAUGUCACAAGGAAUUCCUGAAAUGGGCUACCGAAAGGUUGUUAUAUGGAUUUAAGCAUGCAUGUAUUAAUAAUUGACGUGUUUAUUCCUUACUUUGUUAUUGUUUAUCUCAUUAAUGUCUUGUUUCGUUAUUUCUAUCCCUUUACUAUUGCUACUCGCCUCAUAUAUGUCACCUCAGAAACGGGAUUUAUCUGAACUAGUUAUUUAGAUUACCACCUUUGUACAUGCCAAAUUAAAAUAAUAUAUGUUUGUACACAGCUAACGUUUUAGAUUUUCAUGCAUAAUGAUAAUAUAUCAUUUUCAUAUCAACAUCUUUCCGAUAAAAGAAUUCUGGUUUAGUUUUCAGUUGUCUCAACUCAAAACAAUAUAGAUCAAGACAGCUCAAUCAAUCAGUCAGUCAGUCAAUCAGCCAGUCAGUCAGUCAUACGUUAUGUCCUUAUGUUAUGCUUUUCAGCUGUGAGGAGGUAGAACUUAACUCAAGACAAGAAAUAAAUGUAUGAAUUUAUUUAUUUAAUUCUGGCUAUUUCUGUACCGUCAAAUUCAAAUAUUCCCACUUUCUGUCAAAAAAGACUUAUUAUUAUAUAUCAAUCACACAAAGUAUAUAUUAUACUCCACGCUCCUUCCUACACAGUGUCUUUACAGCUCGCACUCACCUGAUCAAUGACCGGCAGUGAUUACCAUAAACAGUGAUACCAGCGGUGGCCGCAAAUACCUCAACCCAUAGGUCUUACAUAUCUAUGACGGACUGAUUUGUUUUACCGUAACGUCCUUACAGUAUCAGAAUAGGUCUGUACAGUCAGUCUGUUUUACGCCAGGAUACUUUGUGUACGGCAGGACAAACAGAUUAAGUUAUAUUUGCCAAGGAAGACAACCUGAACGUAUUUUGAAACCAGUUGUGGCAUAUGACAAUCUGUUGCGAGUGUAUAUAUACAAUGCUUAAUUUGACCAGGUCCAGUAUGCAUCUUUGAGUGACUGUUUGUGUCUCACCUGCUAUUACAAACAAUGGACAUGGAAAUGGGCGUUACACCCAGAUGAGAAAUCAAACCUGGACCUUUACUUUUAUCCCUCGACACUUCACAACACUGACAUGUGAACUAAUCUCCUAACUUUAAUGCAGUGUAUGGGUAGCGAAAACAUGGCCAAUUAAACAGCAUGGAAAUUGAUCAAACAGGUAUAAUGCUAUAAUAAAGUUGGUAUAUCUAAAUAUAUGCAUGCAUUUGUGAUGUUCACAAGAGGAUCCAAUUGACUAUGGGUAUGGUGUACACAGUAUGUUGGACGAUAUUUCAGUUAUUUUCAAAUGCCUCAGGAAAGAAAAAUCGUUUCAUUCGUAAAUAAUCACUAACUACAUACGUAAUAAUAGUAUAGGUAUCCAGGUACAAUUUAUAUGAUUUUAAUAUUAUAGCAUACAGGCAAUCGAAAAGCCCUGAAUUAGAAAUAAUAACUUGUAAUUAUUGUACUGAUUCUGUGGAGGAUGAAUACCAUGUACUAUUCAUCUGCUAUGAUAAGAUAUUAAUAUGUACCUGCCUACUAUAUCGAAAACCCUAAUUAUCAGAAAUUUAUAUCAAUGACAUUCUUUAUAAACUUGCUGAUAAUAUUAUAUGAGAUAUUUUUCGCGGAAGUGUUGGUACUGUUUACCGAAAAAGAACAUAUGUUUUUUCGUCUUCAAUUUGUGGGGAAUUGCAGAAUGUACAGUAAAUCCGAAAUUUGCAGAGAGCACGUAUGAGAUCUUUACUUUUUAGUUCUGUGAUGUAAGGUUCCAGUUGAAGAUCGUAUUUGAACUGUGAAUAUUGAUUAAGAUAUUUUGAUGUAUUGAUAUCGUUGCGCCAGCUUUGGUGACCUAUAUCUGUAAGUCGUUGUAGGAAGAUAGACAUGAAUAACUUUACAUUGUCAACCAUACGUGUGAUAAGCCGGUUCGGAAAAGAAUGGUUCGUACAUUUGACACCCAGUUGCUCUUGCCCAUAUCGUCGAAAGAUUUAAGCAUCUUAUAUGAUUGUAAAGGGUAACGAUUAUUCUCCAUGAGCAGUACUUUGAACCAGAAUUGUAUUACUUUAGCCUCUGUGAGCACGAACAUAGGAAGACGCCCUAGUUCACCAAGGAUGGCCUUGUUUGACGCACAUUUUCCAAGUUUUAAGAACCUUUUGAAAUACGUUGUUUGAUUCCGUUCAGUGACCUCUUUGUUUCUGAAGCCCCAUAUUUCCGACCCGUACAGAAGUAUCGGUGCCAUUUUCCUAUCAAAUAUGGUUGAAGCGGUGGAAUAAGUCAGUAACUGACUUAUGGUGAUAAACGCAACUUCUGAGAUGGUUUUGUGGCUAACAUUUGAAGAAACAGAUCGAAUCUCAGUUAUGUACAUGGUGAUAAGAUAGUGUUGCGACAAGAUGGGCGGAUAUGUUGGUGGCUGAACCACUAGACAGUGCAUGGAAAUUGUGAUGUCGUACAAAAAACGACUCGUUGUCAUUGGACAUAUGUGAUUCUGUCCAUGCCUCUUUCAGAGAUGCACUACGUAUCUUUUGUUAUAUCCAGUGUACCUGUCGCGCCAAACUCUGCCGACUUUUGUAACAGAAUGCUUGAUAUCGCCCUGCGACGUUUGCCGAUGGAUAUGCAUAGAUGGGCAUUAGGCUCUACUUGGAUGUAUCAUUUUAAGUGAGUGAGUGAGUUUUACGCCGCAUUCAGCAACAUUCCAGCUACAUGGCGGCGGUCUGUAAAUAAUCGAGUCUGGACCAGACAAUCCAAUGAUCAACACCAUGAGCAUCGAUCUUCGCAAUGGGGAUGCGAAGACACGUGUCAACCAAGUCAGCGAGCCUCCCGUUAGUCGCCUGUUACGACAGGUCAUUUUUAAGUAUUGACCGUAUUGCUCAUUAGUGUGGAUUGGUUUGUCAGACUUUGGCUGAUGACGUUGUACCACCUUGGCGUGGAUCGUUGUUCAUGCUCUUAGUCACUGGUAUGCCUGGUCUAUACUGUAACUAGGCUGCCGUGAUACAGAUGGGAUAUAACUGACGGCCGACAAACAGCGAUAUCUCAGUCACUCCCUUGAGUGACUGUUGCUGACAUGACCGUAACAUUUGCGUUGGUCUUCCGCCGGCAAUGUCAGAACACGACGUCUAUACUGCCUAUAUGAUGUAAUUAAUGCGCAGCUGUUCUUAAAUUGGCAUUAGUGACUGGCCGUAUUCUUGCAAUUUGCGUGUUUGCUGGUAUGCUGGUCUCCACAAACAUACUUUGUUGCACUGUAAUGUCAAAUGUAUUUCAUGAAUAAAACUAUUCCACUGCAAAAUUA